UGGAAUUAUUGUUUCUCUGCUACCAACACCGGUCCAAGCUGGCUACUGUAUAAAAACACAGAGAGAGGCAGAAGAUCUGCUGCUUUGGAUGGUUUUUGGUUGAGUAACUGAUUCUCUCUCUCUCUCUCUCUGUGUUUCCAGUGUUUUCUCGCACUUUGACUGGAUUGCUGUAGGGAGCUAUGGUGUUCUUCAGGAGUGUGUCUUUGCUUUCCAAGCUUCGCUCUCAUGCUACCCAGCAGUCGAGUAGUCUCAGAAAUUCUGUCAGAUGGCUUCAAAUUCAGACCUCUUCAGAUCUUGACCUUCAUUCUCAGUUGAAGGAAUUGAUUCCUGAACAACAGGAACGCCUGAAGAAACUGAAGUCAGAACAUGGAAAGGUUCAAUUGGGCAAUAUCACUGUUGAUAUGGUAAUUGGUGGAAUGAGAGGAAUGACUGGGCUCCUGUGGGAAACCUCACUUCUUGACCCAGAUGAGGGAAUUCGUUUUAGGGGUCUAUCAAUUCCUGAAUGCCAAAAACUGUUACCGGGCGCAAAGCCUGAUGGAGAACCUUUGCCUGAAGGUCUUUUAUGGCUUCUUUUAACAGGAAAGGUGCCGAGCAAAGAGCAAGUUGAUGCAUUAUCCAAAGAACUGAGGACUCGUGCUACAGUUCCAGAUUAUGUGUACAAGGCCAUUGAUGCUCUACCUGUUACAGCUCAUCCUAUGACCCAGUUUACAUCUGGUGUCAUGGCCCUUCAGGUUCAAAGUGAAUUUCAAAAAGCAUAUGAGAAGGGAAUUCCGAAAGCAAGGUACUGGGAGCCUACAUAUGAGGACUCACUUAAUUUGAUUGCUCGGCUGCCACUAGUAGCUUCUUAUGUUUAUCGGAGGAUAUACAAGGAUGGCAAGGUUAUACCAUCAGAUGACUCUCUGGAUUAUGGUGCAAAUUUUUCACAGUUGUUGGGUUUCAAUGAUCCUAAAAUGCUAGAGCUUAUGAGGCUUUAUGUAACUAUCCAUACUGAUCAUGAAGGUGGGAAUGUUAGUGCUCACACUGGCCACCUAGUAGCUAGUGCACUUUCAGAUCCUUAUCUUUCAUUUGCAGCUGCAUUAAAUGGUUUAGCUGGGCCACUCCAUGGUUUGGCUAAUCAGGAAGUUUUGCUUUGGAUAAAAUCUGUGGUAGCUGAGUUUGGAGAAAACAUAACAAAAGACCAGUUGAAAGAUUUUGUCUGGAAAACGCUAAAUAAUGGAAAGGUUGUUCCUGGAUUUGGACAUGGUGUUUUGCGUAAGACAGAUCCGAGAUAUACAUGUCAGAGGGAGUUUGCAUUGAAGCAUUUACCCGAUGAUCCUUUGUUCCAGCUGGUUUCGAAUCUUUAUGAAGUUGUGCCCCCUAUACUUACUGAAUUAGGCAAGGUUAAGAACCCCUGGCCCAAUGUUGAUGCUCACAGUGGAGUGCUGUUGAAUCAUUUUGGUUUAACGGAAGCAAGAUAUUAUACUGUUCUUUUUGGUGUAUCAAGGAGUAUAGGAAUUUGCUCUCAGUUAAUAUGGGACCGAGCUCUUGGUUUGCCACUUGAGAGGCCGAAGAGUGUCACAAUGGAAUGGCUUGAAAAUUACUGCAAGAAAGCAGCUUCAUCUUGAGAAUCGUUGGAAGAGUGUUUUUAUCAUUUUCUACCAGCAAUAAUUAUUGCUCUGGAAACAUUGGUUUUUUCUGAUGGAUAUUUAGGCAGUGUGUAGAAUUGCAAUCUGUAUUGGUCUUCCUCCGGUUAGUAGGGAAAAUUUUUAUGAUUCACCAUUUCGAGUUCUUUUUCAACAAUUUUUUUCUUAUUGUAGUUCGGCAGGGUGUUUUACUGCUCUGUUUAAGCCUGUUUUAGUUCAUACUGGCGACGUUUACAUGUAUACAUGUUUUUAAGGUCUCAAAUGGAGCCAUUUGAAUAAAGGAGAGUUAGCUGAACAUGGGCAUCAAACUGUGGAUUAGUUCAAGCAAUUUUAGUCAUUUAACUUUGGAUCCGUUGGAAUGAAAGAUCAAGGAUUAGGAACCUAUUUUGAUGAAGUUAAGUGGUAGGGAUGGAAAUCUGUGUUUUAACAAAUUUAAGAAAAUAAUGUUAUAGAAUUUAAAAUUUGCAAAUGAUGAUGGAAGAAAAAGAGAAAAUAAUGGUAAAUUAUAUAUUUAUGCAAGUAAAACUCUAUUUCUUCCUACAUCAUUUGAUUUGAGUUCCAAUUUCUUCACGUUUGAUUUAAUGUGCAGCCGGUAUAUACAUAAUUUCUCAUUGAAAUCAAUCUUCAGCAAUAAAAUAUGAAAACCAAAGCCCUCAAAGGAACACACUGAACGCAAGUGAGAAACAAUGCAUAAAAUUUAAAAAAAAAAAAAAUGUCAAAAUCAAAUUCCACGUGGAGUGGAGUAGGAGUACAAAGAGUAAAACAGAGCGGUGCCCCCUCUUUAUCGAAGUUGAGAGCCACACCUUUUUGUUCGAAAUAUUUGCAAAUUUAUUUAUUUAUUUAUAUUUUCACGUCGUGAAUUUGAUUUGCAUAUUUAUUUUAUAUUAUUUUAUUUAUCAAUCAACAAGCAUUGAAGAGGGAGGAAAUAGUUUGAUUAUUAUUAUUAAUAUGUAAACAUCAUCCAGAUGGACAGAAAAUAAUAAUCGUAAGUGAAAAUGGCAUCGCUGUGGUACUGUGGAUGUGCCGUCCCUAUGCAACCCCUCCGACACUUCAAACUCAUUAGUAGUAAAGUGUUAAGCAGAACUCAGAUGCCAACGAAACUAUGCCCAAGCCAAAAUAUUCUUCCAACCACUCUCAAUUUCAAUUGGAG